UACUUGGUGGAAGCGGAGUCGCAAAGAAAGCGCAUUGCCGAGUACGAAGCGCGCAAUGCGCACGAGGCAGACGUGCGCAAGCAGCGGGAGGUGUUGACGGAGACCCUGGCGAUGGUACCGGACACGGAGCGGCGGAUCCGUGCGGCCAUGCAGGAUCUGGAGAACCUCCUUGCGGUAGCCGAACGAUGGGGAGGCCGUGGAAGAAGCUCGGGCGGCAGUCGACCUAGCCAAGGCGGCGCUGGCGCAACAGUAGAGUUUUUCUGUUGGCAAUAUAUUGGCCAAACUAGCUUUGGCUGGGUGUGCUUUUUGGGAGGCCACAAGACCCCUUGGCUUUGGAAAUUUCUCAUUUCCCAAUUGGAAGGCUUUUUUUUUGUAUACGUGUAAUUUCUUCAAGCUAUUCUUUUUAAUGGACGACACUUUGGACGGCUUGCAGGGCUCUUCUUCACACCACCGGUUCGGGUUCCAGGACACGACCGAGUACCAUAGGCACAUGGCGUCGCACAUGCAUUCCAACAGCAAUAGUUCCCGCUACUCUGGUUCAGCAGCAGCCGCUGUGCGCGCAAUCUCGGGCAAGCCGGUUCCCACAGCGACCCGCUCAGUAGCGACCUCGGAUACACGCAGCAAACUGACUGACACGGCGUCCAGCACAUCCAGCGAGUCACUGGGCGAGCGGCGGGAGCGCGCCGAAUGGCAGGAAAUGCUAACAGCAGCGUUGAUGGGCGAGGUGGACGACCUGAUGCUGAAUAUGAGUGACACAGAGUUUGCGGCCAGCCUGAGCGAGCUUUUGCAGAACCAGGACUACCGGGCACUGUUUCGGCAUAUUCACGGAGAACUGUGGGUCGGGUGCCGGGCAGCGAUCCGCGGACGCACCAGCGCGCAAGAAAAGCAGACCCUUGAGACGCUGCGGGUGACGCACGUGGACAAUGUCUUGAAGGCGGUGAUGGAGUUCAGCACGGAGCGGUGCGUGGGAAGCGUUGAGAUGGAGGAGGCCGAGUUCAAUCAUGCGUGCUUGGAGCAAUUGCAGAAACUUUUGCGCAAAGUCGACUACAUCGAGGGCCUGUAUCCGACUCUACGGGCUUUGGGAGAUGCCAAGCCACUGUAUGUAUCGAUGGAGUUCCAAGCGCGCCUGGCCGCCAUGAUCUCGUGGGCGAACCUCGUGGUGCGUUUGCAGUUGCUGGUGACCAUGCUGCAGAGGUGGACCGGUAGCCCGACAUUGGAGCUGUACUCUACCAGUGCAGAGACGCAGAAUGGUAAGGAGUUCCAGCACACGCCGUUUGUCGAGCGGCUGUUGAAGGAGAACGGGCUGCAGAGGAUUUUUGAGCAAAAGAUGAUGGUGGAACUGGAGCAGGCGAUUGCGUCGGCACGACAGGAGCUGGUGGAGAAUGCAGGCCAUGUGGACCAAUUGCUGGCAGACUUCCGCGACUCGCUGGCCGUGGCAUGUCGCGUCAAACGGUCGUUCCUGGAACUGACCAAAUCUAUGGACCAGUGGAGCACGGACGCGACCCUGGACCCCGAAUACGACAUUGCAUUGCACAGCUGCCUGCAGACGUACUUUAAGCUGCUGGAGCGCAAACUACUGAGCAGUGCCACUGACGGCAGCAACAAGGACUUUGAACUGCUGGAAGCCCAGUGGGGAUUCUUCCAGGAGGUGGUGCGGGACAUUGAUGGCGGACAGUACGAGAUGGCAUUGCGGUACUGCCAGCUGGCGAGGAUGCUGGUGAGAAACUGGAUGGGCAUGCUGGCAAGGAUGCUCAAUGGCCCGCAGGCGUACGAUCAGAUGCAGUCGCGGGAUCUGGGCAAAUGGCUCUGCCGCACAUUAGCAGAUAGCUACUUGCGGACGAUCCAGAAUGCGGUGGCGAAUUCGUCCGACUACGAGUUCGACGACCCGUUCCCCCUGCUGGCGCAAUUGUGGGAGUCACGCGGGGUGUUUGUGAUCGGCAGCCAGUCGAUUCUGCAGAAGCCGCAUACCAUGACCACAGGACCAGUACCGGGACUGCUACCUUCUGGUAGCUGGCUCGACCGCAUCAACGCAUUGGCCGGCACACCAGCAUCGUCGGCGCCCGCGCGGAUCCGCGAGCUCACACGCGCCCAUAGCCCGCGGAUCCAGCACGAAUGGACGAUGCUCAAAUACGGAAUCGUGCGGCUGCUGGACGCUUUGACACAGCUGCCGGAUAUGCUGAGGACAUUGCAUAUUGACUUCCAUGAGCGACGGCAGGCCGAGAGGCGGGAGCCCAGAGACGAGAUGGGCGCAUUGCCGACGUGCCGCGGCGCUGCGUGCGAUCUUCUGGAGACGGUGCAGGAUGCGUUUACGUUUGUGUCGAAUACGGCGUCGCGCGGGUCGCGGUUCCUGGACCUCAAGGCCGAGCGGUAUUUGAGAUUGGCGCUGCUGCACAUGUGCGUUGGCUGGUGCGGGUUUAUCACCGAGGACUGCGUGGCCAACGAGAAGCGCACGUUCCGGUGGGCAGUGCAGGCGUUGGAGUUCACCAUGCGCAUGCAAAUGUGGCCGGAUGCCAUGACCUUGAUGAUUAGCCAUUUCGAUAUUCUGGGUGCACGUGAUGCCGAAACCAAGAAAAACAGCCGCCAGCACAUGAAGCAACCCGGCCAGGCUCUGGACGACCCGGCAGCGCUAAUCACGCACACGCCGUUCGAUUUACAGCGCGACUCAUAUCUGGGCAGCGAAGGCCGCAUCGGCCGCGUCAUCGAAGUCACCGCGCGGCCCGAGGACCAGACAUUACGACUUUUGGCUGCAUCCUCCAGCAACAUUACUAUCCGCUGGCAGCUCGGACAGUACAUCGGCGGCGGGGCAUUCGGCUCCGUCUACGUGGGCAUCAACCUGGAUACCAGCGAGCUAAUGGCGGUCAAGGAGAUCCGGUUCCCGGCACAGCCGACCAAGCUAUCAGGCGAGGGCAGCAAGAUUGUGCGGGAAAUGCAAGUUAUGUCGAUGCUGCAGCACCCAAACAUUGUCACGUACUACGGUAUUGAGGUGCACCGGGAAAAGGUCUAUUUGUUCAUGGAGCUGUGUACCCGCGGCAGCCUGGCCAAGCUGAUCCAAGAGCAAGGGCGGGUUGACGAGGUCACCGCGAGGCUCUUUGUUGUGCAGAUGCUGCGCGGUUUGCGCUACCUCCACGCGUCGGGCAUCUGCCACCGUGACAUCAAAUGCGACAACACUCUCCUGGACGACUCGAUGACCAUCAAGUUGGUGGACUUUGGAGCCGCCAAGGUGCUCAACCGCCAGUCGUUGGCCAUGCGCACGCGGCGUGGCCGUGACGGCGCUACAUUGACCGGCACGCCAAUGUACAUGGCGCCGGAGGUCAUCACCGGUCCGGCCGCCGAACGCCCGGAGCCCGGCGCCCUAGGUGCUCAGGACAUUUGGUCAUUGGGCUGCUGUAUAGUCGAAAUGCUGACGGGCUCUGCACCCUGGGCCCACCUCGACAACGAAUGGGCCAUCAAUGUACCAUGUGGUGGCCGACUAGUCCACCGUUACCCUGACGCCAGCCUUGUGGGCAGCGAUGGCUUGGAUUUCCUGCAAAAGUGCUUCACCCGGGCACCCAGCAAGCGGCCAACCGCCGAGAAGCUGCUGAAACACAAGUGGGUGUGCGAGACGCUUGGUGCAGCUGGAGCAAGGCUGAGUUGCGCGGCGUCCCGCCGAGCCGUCUGGCACCUGACUUAUGACGUGCAACUCGACAUGGACGCCAUGACACCGGCCGAGCCGCGCAGCCGCGCCCCCGCCAGCUUCCUCGACUCGCCCAGCGCUCAGUCUGCCAGCUCUCUCGGCAGCAUCCAUCAUGUACCCAGCCCGCACGGCGCCUUCGGCUCGCCUUUACCUGGCCGCACGCCCGGCAGCACCCAGUCGAGCGCCUGGCCCUACAACAAGGCCUUUGGCGGCCAGUUCCAUGCCGAGUCGCCGGGCAGCCUGGGCGUCUACAAUGCAUUGGACGUCGAGGAGCCGCAAAUCAAUGUGCCCAAUGCCCAGACGCUUUUGAGCAAAGAUGGGCUGCAGACUCUGUCCAGUGACGAGCAGCUGGAUGUCGCCGAGCUCACCCGCAAGGCCGUCUCAGCCCUAUUGCGGAUUGCCUCUGGAGGGGUCCGAUGUGUCGGGUGUGGCCGGGACGAGGUCAAGGAGACUGUGGCUGCUACCAGCCAGAUUGUCGUCAGACAGCGCGAGCUGCAGAUCAGGAAGCAGCAGGAGAUGCGUGGGGCUCUGGGAAAGCGGUCGAGGAGCCCGGUCGAGGAGCCGGCAUUCGUGCCGCUGAAGUCUGAGCCACCAGCCCUUUACCCGCUGCCGCCAGAGGAUGAAGAGGAAGGCGAAACAUGAAUGUUUUUUUUUCGUUUUUGUAGCUUGCUGUAGUGAAAACAAUAACUGUGUUAGCGAAGCCAUCUUGGUCCGCCG